AUGACAGACCAAUCCAGACAGCGAUGGAGUAUGCAACGUGAAGCUUCUCCUGAAGUUGAAGAUGAUGAUCCAAUGAUGGAAGACGAUGACGAGGAUGAAAACAAUGAGUUUGAAUCGACAGCUCCUUUCAAUUACGUACCCAACAGUAGCGCUAAUGAGACCGAUCAUAAAGGUUACUAUGCAGAUUUCGGUAAUCAAGGUCCAAACAUCUAUCAAGAUUCUUCAUUAGCUUGGAACGACCUGAGCACCAAACUUGACCCCCUCAAUUUUACAAUGUCCAAGGGACUUAACAAGGAUUUCUUUCAUGAUUUUGGAGACGAUUUUGAUGAUGAGGAAGAUUUGAGCUAA